UUCAACCAAGGGCGACCCGCCCGCGAUGGCCAUACUGACACCGGCCCUGGCCCAUGCGAGAGCCGCGCAUGAUGAAGCACGACGCAUCUCGGCAGAGUUGCGCGUGGAAUUCGAAGCCCUGUCUCGCGGAGUAGAGCCAGGGGUCGAGCUAGACGAGGAGGAAGGAGAGCCAGAUCCUAAGGCGGCCCAUCGAUUGGCAUUGUUAAGGAUUGAGCUGUUCUUGAAGGAGAAGGAGGCGCUUCGAUUGGAGCGUGAUGUCAUUGCUGAAGAGCGGGAUGCUGGCAUACUACAUCCCAAGGCAGCUGGCAAACGCAUGGGUGACUUGAACCAGCGCUAUCUAUCUGCCGGAGACGGCCUAUGGAGGUAUCAAAGAAAGGAGAUACGCUCCGACGACACCGGAAUGAUAUGGUUGCUAGACCCACGUUUGAAUAUUGUUUCUGAACGUCUUUGGGAGUUGUAUAGGAAGUACGAUGGGUCCGACGAGCCAGCAAAACGGACCGGAACUUGGGGCAGGGAUGCUAAGAACUGGUACGCAGCCACUGGCGACCACCAUGGGAUGCAAGGGCGAGAUGCCGUUUGGUGUCAUGUAAGCGGCAAAUGGUAUCACAAAGAAGACGUCAAAGCUGCACACAUCGUACCCUUUUUCCUCGAUGGCACGGAAAUCGGCGAGAUACUGUUUGGCAGUAUGGGGGGGUUGCUUGGGCGAGAAGGGAAUGCACUUCUCAUGUUGAAGCAUAUUAAGAUCUGGUUCGACACCUAUCACCUUGUCAUCGUCCCUGUCGAUGCCAACGAAACGCCCAUCACACGAUGGCGCAUAGAGCUGCUGUCCCCCAACCUCAGAAAAUGCGUUUAUCACCGCGGACAUACUCUUGGUGAGCUCGAUGGAAAGGAACUAGUGUUUCUCAACGGCAAGCGUCCGGUCUUACGCUUUGUCUACUUCCAUUUCAUUAUGGCGCUGAUCUGCAUCAAGGAUCUCAAACGGGAAGGUUGGGAGGAUGUCUGGGCUCGAUACUACACGCGAUGUCCUUUCCCAACACCAGGACCUUGCAUGCGGAAGAGCGUGCUCCUUGCCCUUGCUAUCCAUUUCGGGGCCGCCGAUUUGCGAGUGGUGGAAUCCUGGGUCGGAGACAACGGCUUGGAAUCACCAUUGAAGCUGGCCGAGGAGGAGACUACGAAAGCGGCCCACAGAGUGCAUUCGGCAGUCAAAGCCGCCUAUGAUCGCGCGGAACAUCCGGAAGCCUCAGAUCAAGAGAACUCUGAGGGCAGAUCGGAGGACGACCCUGAAGAAUAACUCAGAUGAGAGCUGUGAGAAGCUGGGAGGAAUCGAACGAGCUUCUAAUGUGAGAAUACGUGUACGCUUAUUAGUAGAAUAGUAAAAGGACAACAGCAGGUCUAGCCAAACCAGCCAAGCAGUGUCGAGUCCAG